UUAUUUGAAAUAACUUCGAUUCGAAGCCAGUCAAAAAUGGUCCACCGACGCGACAUGAACCGUCAGCAGCUUCCGCAGCCGCAGCCUUGUUAGCCUCGGAAACCAAGCUCGCAAAACGUCGAAAUGGCUGCAUAGGGGGACGCACGUGCUCGUUGUAGUCCUUUGUUAAUUGCCACGAAUUGAAUCAUGCUAUAGACAGCGAAAAAGGUCGCCCCGAAGAGACAGCCACGUGACAGUAACAAUAACAAUAGCUAAACGAGACCCUUAAGCUUUGACCCUUCAGCCAUCAGAUGGCAGCAGUUCUAUUCCCGCACUCCUCUCCUGUUUGAACAAUAUUUAAAAAAAGAAGCAAUAAAUAAGAAGGAAUAUAUUGUGCUGCUGCCAGCAAUAGACGAGUGCCAACUGAAGCUGCCACGGCCAAGCAACGCCGACAACAAUACGAAACGUUAAAUAAAAGACAACAGCAACAGCAACAACAGCAGCAAACACAAUAACAAUCAAAUGCAUAAUGAUGAUGGAUUAUCUGCUGUGUUGCUAUCCCUGUGCAAAGCAAAAACAACACUCGCAGCAUCAACACCAACGGCAACAGCAACAACAACUAAAACUACACAAGCAACAACAAUAAUAGCAACUGCAGCAUCGCGGAACUAAAAGUGCAAGUCCAAGCUGCACUAAAGUAUAAAUAAAGAAUGUAUUUGGAAUCACGAAGAGGUCAUACAUAUUGAAGCUAUGCCUUUUUGUCCAGCAGCCCACAGUUGGACUAAAUCGAUAAUUAAUUAAAAUAUAUUUAAUUAACCAAUAUAUUAGGAGUAAAGCAAUCAAACUGGCGUCGUUCAAGCGGAAUAACGACAAUAUUCGCAAUUACAAUAGCAAUAUAAUGUGGAGUAGUACAAUAUCACCAACAAAUUCUAAGAAGCUAUUGAUCGGUAGUACAAGAAGCGUUGAUUAUGUCGGUGAUAGUGCGAGAACAACAACAGCAACAGCAACAGCAAAAGCAACAACAGCAGCAGCAGCAGCAGGAUUCAAUAAUAAAGCAACAGGAGCAGCCAUUAAAGGAGCAACAGCUAAAUCGCAGCAAAGGACAACAGCCGCAACAACAACAACCCCAGCAAAAACAACAAAAAUCUCAAUUGAAAUGGAGAUACAUAUACAAAACAAGUGCAUUUCGGCAUAGCGUAUCACUCUGGAGGGUGGUGCAGAGCCCCCAUGGCUGCAGGGCCCCCUUAAAGCAGCAUUUUUGGGGGCUUCUGGCGUCGGCAAAACAAGCAUAUUACAGCAAUUUUUUUACCAUGACUUCCCCAAGACUCAUCAAACGACAACUCAACGCAAAAUUUACAAAAACUGUUUGGUCUGCGACACCUGCAUACGCGAGCUGAUGGUACUGGACGUUCCUCCCCAGAAGCGAUUUCCAGCUGACAACUUUGCUGAAUGGAAUAAUGGACAUCCGCUGGGGCUGCGAACGGUGCACGCCUAUGUUUUAGUCUAUGACAUGGGUAAUCUGGAAACGUUUCAGUACUGCCGCUCCAUAAGAGAUCAAAUCUUGGAUAGUUUCAGUCAUCGUGAUUUUAGCAUAAUUGUGGUGGGCAAUAAAUAUGACAAUGUCUCAGAGGCGCAGGCUAACUCGCAGGAGCUUAAAGACAUUUCUACGCUGGUGCGCAAGCAUUGGCGUUGUGGAUACGUAGAGUGCUCGGCACAAUACAACUACAAAAUCGGCGACGUUUUUCGAGAGCUAAUGGGCUGUAGCAGCGGAGGCGUCAAUGGCGCAGCUGUCGGCGUUCUUGUUGGCACUGAAUUCUCACAAUCAACUAGGAAUAAAGGACGCUGUACAAUACUGUAGCAAAUGCUGCACAAGUUUUUUAGACAAACACCUUACUCGAACGCAUGAUACCCAAAAGAUUUUCCUUUCUGUACCCUGAACCCUUUAAAAAAUUGCCAAAAAAGAUUUUAGUUUUUUCUAGAAAUGGA